CCGGAUCCCAGAGGCCACCACUGACAAGAACACAGCAACAACUACAACACAGUCUCUCCCAUCCCCAACAAAAAAUAACCAUCAUCACCACUCUCCACACAGCCUAGAACUUGAUAACAUGAUUGAUUGAUUGAUUGAUGCUCGAAUCUUUUAUGGCCUCGGCUGAUGGCGACGACGACGACGACGAAGACAACAGCAGCUGCAACGGCAACGGCAACGGCAACACGGAGGAGCAGCAGUUGCAGCAGCUGCAGCUGACACAAUGCUGGUGGUUUAUGCUGCUCAUGCAACAGAGCAUCAUACAGCACAACAGCAGCAUGUUGCACGAAACAACAGCUGCAACAGCAACAACCACAACAACAACAACAACAACAACAACAACAACAACUACAACCACAACAACAACUAAUGCAAAUGUUGCACGCAGCAGUCGCCGCAAACGUUAAAAAAAAAAGAAAGAAACACCUGUCCGCACCAAACCCGCCCACCAGUUACAGUUGUUUUUUUUUUUUUUGCUUUUUUUUUUUAAUUUCGCCAACAUCUGAAGAUUGUCGAUUGUUCUAUAAUUCCAUUGCGAAUUAUGAUUAAAUAAUUAAUUUUUUUUUUUUUCUGUUUUAAAUAAAAAUGUCAAGCAUUUUCUACACGCAGUUUGGAGUGUAAAGUGCAUAGUUUAAACACACACACAUGUAAUUAACACACACCCACACACACACACACAUACAGACUUUGCAACUGUAAAGAAAAACAAAGCGUAAACAAAAUUGUUUGCCACCUUUUCUCUAAAAAAAAAAAACAAAAACUAAAGCGUUUCACUAUGUGUGUUGUAUAUUUUUUAUUAGAACUUCUAAGUAAUACACUGCAUAUGUAUAUGUAUAUGUGCAUAUACAUAUGCCUAAGUACAUAACUACGAUAAAUAUGUAUUCUAUAUAUUAUGAUACGUCUAAGAAACACAUGCAUACAUAUAUAUGUAAAACUACAACUAAAACUAAACCCUAAACUAAAUCUUAAUAUUAUAAAUACUAUUACACAAA